GGGCGAGAGGCGGCGAGAGGCCUUUUCUGUCAAUCUGCACAGCCACCCGCCGUCAGUGGGCCUGCUCCCCUCCUCCGUCUCGUUCUUCUCGUCGCAACCCCUGCAGGACCCAGCGCCUUCCGCAAUGACCACUCCCUCCCUCAAGGACUCCCUCAGAACUGCAGAGCUCCUGGUCGGCCCAAACGUCGAAGGAGGAACCGGCAAGAAGGAAGUGGAUGCAGCGUCUGUGAUACGAGCAAGACUCGAAAGAGCAGGCUUCAGUGACAAUGAGCGUCUGCAGCCAGCCACAAACUACAAAGGCCGCUUCGCCCUCGCCUGCCUACAAUGCCUACUAAGCGUCAACCAACUCAUAACCCUCGACGAGAGCGAGGUGGGAGCGGGCGACCUGCGUUUGCUGGACACCCUCCUCCAGGUGGUGGUCUUUCUCGGCGUAUAUCCUUUGCUUCAACCGAACGUGGGAUUGCCGAUAGCGGCCCGGACCCGGUAUACUAUGCUUCUGGAUUUUGAAGGAGACGUGAAGGGUACUUCAAACGAUGCGCUGCUGUUUCGGAUAUCGGAUGGCCUCGCAUCCAUGGUGUGCGAUGAGCGGAAUACCGUCGUCAAGCGGUUUCUAGUGACAAAGUACCUACCGGAUGUGUUUGCAGCGCUGCUGCAGUCGGGGUACAGUCCACAGAACGGGGCCAGCGACGAAACGCAAGAGAAUCAGAGUGGGGAAAGCAGUUAUCGCCAACCCGCAGCAAAGUUGCUGAGUAAUGUCUUUGCAAGUGCAAGUUCCGCCCACUCCAUGGAAGCUCUCUUCUCGUUGCUCCGGUCACGGCCCGCCCCCUGGUUCAAAGCGCGAUGCUCGCACCUUCUCUCCCAGAUCCUGCUCAGACCCACGGGCAUCCGAACCCUCUUCGAAUGCCUGCUCCAGCCGCAAUCAGAAACAGGCUCGCAGGACACCCAACAGCUGCAAAAAGUCGCACAGGUCAUCUCGUCUGUCCCGAAACAGGCCGCUUCCGUCGACGAGUACUUUUCCAUCAUCUGUCCGCAGUUGCUUUUGCUACUUAAAACGGCGGACAAUGCAAAGAUCGUGUCGACGGCAGCCGCAUACGUCACCACCCAUCUCCUGAGCAAGUACUUCGACCAGACCCGAACGUACCUCAUCAACCCGAUCCUAGCCCCCUUAUUGGCAUACUACACCGAAGCAACCGAUCUCCCACCCACCGACACACCCCAGGAUCUAGACGGCAACCCCAUCCUAUCUACCGAACCCGCCCUCACCACCACCAUCCUGCUCAUCCGUCGCCUCCUGACAAGCAACACCAUCAGCGACCCCCUCAGACGAUCCUUACAUCCCGUCAUACCCCCCCUCUACGACAUCUACGCCUUUGCCACACUUACGGCAGCGCACGUCAGGCAACCCGUGCAGGAUAUCCUCCUCGCGUUCUUCCGCACGGAGGAUAAAACGGAUGCGAGCGCGGUGUUGUGGCAGACGAUUGUGGAUGUAAGGAGGGGGGAAGGCUCGGCGUUGAAGAGGGGUGGGGAGGGGGGGGUGGUGAUGAUCGCCCGACCGCCGGAUUUACCCCGCGCGGUGGUGGAUGUGGACGCGUUCAUGGAGUUUCUGGCCCUGGUGGACAACGACGCGCUGGUGGGGAGUCUGUUCCUCCGCUUGAUCGAGCAUCUCGGGACCUCUGACGUGUUCGAAUCAGCCGAGGACGAGGAGGGGGACGAAGGAGAAAACGCGACAGAAAAGCUGCUGAUCACCCAACUCACCCUCGCCCUCAUGCAAACCUACGGCGACCGCAUCCUCACCUCCCCCUCGCAAAUCAUCCUCUUUGCCAAGAACAUGCUCCUCACAUCCGACGACGAAUCGGUCUCCCUGGGCCUCGCGUUGCUGACCGCCGUCAUCGACGCGCGGGUCGACGACCCGGAGUCGGACAAGGGCAUGCAACCCGUUUUUGACGAGCUGUUGACGAUUUUGCAGACGUUCCGGGAACACCCGGACGAGAGCGUCAGGGGGAUGGCGAUGGAGUUGAGGGUGUUGGUCGUCACGAGGGCGUCGGGGCUGACUGCCGGGGAUGGGCCCGCGGCCCCGCAGAGCUCCGCGGAGACGCUGCAGACGGCGUUGAAGGAUGUGGGGGACGAGCUGUUGCCUGUGCGCGCGUACGGGAUGCAUGUCAUACGAAACCUGGUGUUGGCGAGGGAUGAUCUUGUCGCGGACCGGAUCGGGGAUGUGACGGAUGUGUUUUUGGCCCAGUUGCGUGACGACGACAGCUUCAUCUACCUCAACGCAAUCAAAGGCCUCUCCGCCCUAACCGACGCAUACCCGUCGCUGACCCUCCACGCCAUCACGACCCGGUACACGACCCCGACCCUCCCGCUCGAUUACCGCCUGCGCAUCGGGGAGGCGCUGCUGCAGACCAUCCAACGCCUCGGGACCGCCUUCGCCAAAUACGCCCCGGAGAUCCUCCCCCCCGUCCUCCGCACGCUGCACGACUCACACCCGGAACUCCGCGGCAGUGCGUUGGGGCUGCUGGGCAUGCUGGCGGAGACAAGCCCGUAUGCGCUGAUACCGUACAUCCACCAACUGCUGAGCUACACCGACAGCCUCCUCACGCUCGAAACGGACACGGCCCCUACGCGGCGGGCCGCCGUGGCGUUGUUGGUGGGGUUGGUGAGGGGGUUCAAGGGGGAUAUUGUGAGCCAGGUGGGCGUGGAGGGGGUGAGGAGGAUCAAGGGGAUGUUGGGGCGGUGUGAGGGGGACGCGGAUGGGGUUGUGAGGGGGCAUGCGGGGGUGGCGAGGGGGGAUUUGGAGGCGUGGGUUAGGGUUGGGGUUGGGUUGUAG